CUCCGCUCCACAGACAACGUCCCCUGUCACUUCGUGGCCGCUUUCGGGGCCGGUUUUUGCGCCACAGUGGUGGCCUCGCCCGUGGACGUGGUGAAGACGCGGUACAUGAACGCCAGCCCCGGGCAGUACCGCAACGUGCUCAGCUGCCUCCUGGCCCUGCUCAUGCAGGACGGCCUGGCCGGCUUCUACAAAGGGUUUGUCCCCUCCUUCCUGCGCCUCGGCUCCUGGAACGUGGUGAUGUUUGUCUCCUACGAGCAGCUGCAGCGUGCAGUGGUGUUGGCCCGGCCAGGCCCCUCCUGACACAACCCCCCCCCCAGCCCCUCUCGUCAGCAGUGACGAGACACACGAGUAAAUUAUAUUAAUUGAUGAAGCAGCAAGGGGAAAGGGUGACACCAAACCAGCCCCACCCCACCCCAGCUCGAUGGGACGCCCCAAGAGGAAGUAGAAAGAUGGGAAGAGAAACGAGGCUGUUUGUGGGGAAAGGGAGGUUUCCAGAGAGGAGUUAAAGGAGGAAGAAAGAAAACAUUUGUAGGUUUUGCAGCCAGGAAGAGGAUCGCUGCCUGGUGGGAACGAGGGACUGGGUUGAGGGCCGGGGGCUGUGGUGAUCCCUGUUCUUCCUGACUGACAGUUCCAAUAAACCACCCCUAUGGGGUCUGAUACAGCAGCGCUCGGGGCUCCCUCACCUUUUUUUGGGGGGGGUUAGGGUUGUUCUGCCAGCGCUGGGGUGCUGCUGGGAAAGAGGACCCAGGCCUUACACAAAAG